AUGGCCGAAAAUUGUGGCCAAAAAUCGUACGAAGAGUUACGCGAAGAAAAUGAGAGACUUUGGCGUGAAUUGAGAUUCAGUUUGAAAUGCAAUAAAUUGUUGGAAAAAUACAGACAAUUGGUGUUUGACUUCAAAAACACGUGUCUUUGCGACCAAAAUAUCGGCAACGAAUCCAAACUGAAUGGUCUGGAAGUGGUCUACAAUGCCGUCAAGUUUCCCAUCACUCGCGUACUGUUGACCACAGGAGCCGAAGCCAACGAUCACAUCAUUAGACCCGACGCUGAAGAAGUGGCUGAGACUGAGGAGGAAGGGCUCAGACUGUCAGACAAUGACAGUCCAUGCGAUGACCAAUCAGAUGAUGGCGACUAUAAGCCAUCGAUAGAGGAGCUCAAGAAGGCGUGUAGUAUUGAUAACGAAGACACUGAAGAGUUGGGAACCUCUGCCGACAAUGAUUUGUGCCGUCCAUUUCUGUGCGAUUACGACGACUGCCGCAAGACUUUCACGACAAACGGCAAUCUGAAGAAACACCAGCGGACUGUCCACUCGGAUGAGCGGCCGUACCGGUGCUCGUGGCCCGACUGCGGCGCCGCCUAUAAGGCUAAGGACUCGCUGGAGAGCCAUCAAGUGAUUCACUCAAACGGUGGUCAAUACGAGUGUCCGUUUGAGGGCUGCGGCAAGAGUUUCGGUUCGGCCAAAGAGGUCCGACUUCACAGUCGAGCGCAUAGAAAAUGUGUGACUCCGCGGACCAAACGAACUCAUAAUGAAGACAAUGGCGACGAUUUGGGAUCAGCUGUUGUGGCGAAGAAGCGACCGAAGACGGCGACUGUGCGCAAGAAAUACGUGUACUUUAACUACGCGUGCGAUUGGGAGCGCUGUGAGCGUCGGUUCGGCAAACGAGUGGAUCUGUUGGCACACGUGUCGGCCGCGCACACCAACGAAAAGCCCUACGCGUGUCCGCAAUGCGACAAAAUGUUUGCCACCGAAAAGUAUUUGCAAACCCACCAGAAAUAUCAUCAGCGGUUCGGCGAGAAGUGUUCCGACGAUAAGACGAGGCUAUCGGCGGAUGUGUUGCGCGAAUACGACUGCGAUUACGAGGACUGCGGGAAGUCGUUCAAAACGAUGAGUAAUUUGAAUAAACACCGCCGGACUGUCCACUCGGAUGACCGGCCGUANCAACCUGGUCACUAUACCCAUGAAAUCUUGUUUCGUGUCGCCCGUUGUGUCCACCAUUCUGUUAGGCGCCGAGAACUCUAUGCUGGGGCCAAUUUUAACCCUAGAUGCUACGGUACCAUUGCAGCAUGA